ACUCUGAUAGCUCAAGAGUUUAACAGAAAUCACUGCGUUUCACUGAUUCAACAGCUUGAACCCUAAUGGUAGGAGCCUUCGACGUCGGCGCCGUUCCUUUCAACCCCGACGGAUGGGGACCACCGGACGCCGCAGCCGCCGGAAACAACAAUAACAACAACCUUCCUGUCAACGUCCCCUUCGCCCCUUUCUCCCGCUCCGACAAGCUGGGUCGGAUUGCCGAUUGGACCCGCAAUUUUAACAAUCCGACUCGCCCCAAGAACCCCGCCGAUUCGGCCUUCGAUUUCACAAACGACGAGUCGUUCCCGGCAAAUGCCGACGACGAUGCGUCGUUCCGCCUGGUGGACGGUAAGCCACCGCCGCGGCCCAAAUUCGGGCCCAAAUGGCGGUUCCAGCAACAGCGUCAGCUUCCGCAGCGGCGCGACGAGGAGGUUGAGGCAAAGAAGCGCGAGGCGGAGAAGGAGAGGGCCCGGCGUGACCGGCUCUACCACAUGAACCGGUCGAACCCUAACGCGCAACGGCGUGAAGCGGCUGUGUUCAAAUCGUCGGUGGAUAUCCAACCGGAAUGGAACAUGCACGACCAGAUCCCGUUCUCCACCUUCUCGAAGCUCUCAUUCAGCGUUCCCGAACCGGAAGACCUUCUUCUCUGUGGUGCUCUCGAGUAUUAUGACCGUUCCUACGACCGAAUCACCCCGAAGAACGAACGGCGACUUGAGAGGUUCAAGAACCGGAACUUCUUCAAAAUUACUACCACUGAUGACCCUGUGAUUCGUAGGCUCGCUAACGAGGAUAAAGCUACCGUUUUUGCAACCGACACUAUUCUGUCGACUCUGAUGUGUGCCCCUAGGUCUGUUUACUCGUGGGAUAUCGUGGUUCAGCGUGUUGGGAACAAGUUGUUCUUCGAUAAGAGAGAUGGGUCGCAGUUGGACUUGCUUUCUGUUCAUGAGACCUCUCAGGAGCCUUUGCCUGAGGCUAAGGAUGAUAUCAACUCGGCUCAUUCUUUGAGCGUUGAGGCAGCUUAUAUCAAUCAGAAUUUCUCCCAGCAAGUUUUGAUCAGGGAUGGGAACAAGGUGACUUUUGAUGAGCCUAACCCUUUUGCUAAUGAGGGUGAAGAGGUUGCUUCUGUGGCUUAUAGGUAUAGGAGGUGGAAGCUUGAUGAUGAUAUGUAUCUUGUUGCGAGAUGUGAAGUGCAGAGUGUUGUUGAAUUGAACAAGCAGAGGUCUUUCCUUACUUUGAAUGCAUUGAAUGAGUUCGAUCCCAAGUAUUCGGGUGUUGAUUGGAGGCAGAAGUUGGAGACGCAAAGGGGUGCUGUGUUGGCCACUGAGCUCAAGAACAAUGCAAAUAAGUUGGCUAAAUGGACUGCUCAAGCUCUGUUGGCAAGUGCAGAUAUGAUGAAGUUGGGAUAUGUGUCUAGGAUUCAUCCUCGUGACCAUUUUAAUCAUGUGAUUUUGGCUGUGGUUGGAUAUAAACCCAGGGACUUUGCGGCCCAGAUUAAUCUGAACACAUCGAAUAUGUGGGGAAUUGUGAAGUCUAUUGUGGACUUGUGCAUGAAAUUGAAUGAGGGCAAAUAUGUUCUUGUGAAGGAUCCAUCUAAGCCCCAGGUUAGGAUUUACGAGGUUCCUGCAGAUGCAUUUGAAAACGACUAUGUUGAGGAGCCUCUUCCUGAAGAUGAACAAGUUCAACCUCCAGCAGAGGGAGCGGAUGGUGUAGACGCAGCUGCUACCACGAAUGACGUGGAAGAUAAGCAGAUUGAUGAUCAAGCUUAGAAUGUCAGAUGUUUAUGGGGGUCACAACGGCCGUUCACUUGGGAGCAGAUCUUCACCCAUAAUCAUUUUCUCUUUUCCGCUGCCCAAAAUUUUGCAAUUUAACUUCAAGAUAUUCCUGCGGACCAAAAAGUUUUAAAAGCCACUGAGUUUUUAGUUGUAACAUUUUGUUUAUGAUUUAUAAACCUGAGCAUAUUUAAGUGAAAAUCAGUACGUUUCAACAUUGUAUCAUGCUCAUUUGUGUCUGAAUUGAUCAUUUUAGCAUUGUGCCAAGGGUUAUUAUGCAAAUCCAUAUGUAUUUAUUUAUAAUGUCAUGUGGUUUACAGGAUUCCAUGUAUUGGCUGACAGUGGUCUCGAAAAUCGA